AUGUCUGGAGCCAAGUCUGGGUGCAAAACCAUCAUUCAGAAGGAAGCCCCAUUGGCUAUGUAUUUUCAUUGUGCUGCUCAUCGAUUGAACUUAGCGUUAGUAUCAUCUUGCUCCAUCUUAGCUUUUAAAAGUGCUGAAUCAUGCAUUGGAGAAAUUGCCAGAUUCUUUAGCUAUUCGGCAAAGAGGCAGAGGCUACUGGAUAAAGCUGUUGAGGUGAAGAGUAGUUCAGAGUCUAGAGCUAAUAAGCUGAUAGAUUCUUGCAUAACACGUUGGGUGGAGCGUAUAGAGUCCUACACAAUAUUCAUGGAGCUUCUUCAUGAAGCUAUACAUUCAUCACUUGAUGCCAUGGCUCACCCCAGGCUACACACUGACCUAGGAACUGAUUGGGGCUGGGAUGGGGAGACAGUUACCAGAGCAAAUGGAUUCCUUUUCCAGCUUCAGUCACCUUCUUUCUUAGUUUCAUUUCAUAUUCUUCAAGUCAUGACUCUUCUUAAAGAUUUGACAGAAAAACUCCAGAUGCAGGCAAUAGAUGUCAUCUAUGCAUACAAUGCUAUCACCUCUGUUGUCUCUACUUUUAAGUCACUACGCCAACAGUGA